AUGUUAGGAAACAGGUGGUUGAUGAAAAAAAAAAAACUACUUAUUUGUACUGGAGAAGGGCCACCACUUGCUAAGAAACCAAAGGCUGAAAAUGAUUUAAAGGAACAAAUAUCAUCUAUUGUUAACAGUAAGACUGUUUAUGGUCUACCAAGCACUGUCGAUGGAGAUGCUGUGAAGGAGAAUAGAGAAAAAUUACCUCAGCCAGGCUGCAGCAAAGACUUCUACCAACUAGACACUGAUAAUGAUUAUUUCUCCUUCGAUAAUGAAAAUGAAGUUAUAGUUGUGGAAACAUCCACUCCUAGAAAGGGAAUAUUAGUGAAUACAGAACCACAAAACAAUAAAUACCAAAAAAAUGAAUCCUGCCAGAAAUUUGCUGCCACCACAAAUGAAGACAGCGUUAUAAUGGUAAAAUCUGUUUUGAAUUUUUGUAGGAAAAAUCAAGCAAGGAUAUUUAAAACAAAAAAAGAUGAUUUACAUGUGGAUGGAUGUAGUGCAUGGAGCUCCAGAAGAAAACCUGCAAUGAAGGAAACGGGUGGGGCAGAUUUAAAAAAAGAAUACUCUUCCUUGGCUAAGGCAAAAUUUGAAUUAUACUCGGAGGAAUUGAAACUAGCUAAAAGUCGAAUAAAAAGGGAAGAAGAAAUCCACGAACUUAAUAAAGAGAGCCUUAAUUUAGAAAUUGAGAAAAAACAGUUGGGGGUAAAACGUCUUCAAGCAUUUGUUGUAGAAUAA